AGACCUCGAUUGUCAGAAGUUGCAAACCUCUUCUUAAACACACACACACACACACACACAUCUUACUGCGCUGAAAGGUAUAUGGGACUUAAAUUCUUGAAGCACUGAAUUGUUUAAGGUAAACUAUGACCACUUUACUACCGGUAUUUGUGUGUUUGCAAGUCAUCUCUGCAGUCAUCUCUGUGGAAGUUUUAGAUCAUGGUCCCACACUGAGUGUGAGUAUACCUGUACACUCCCCCCUGCACAUUCCUCUGGGGAACACUCUGACCAUCCCCUGCUACUACAUCGACACAUUAGAGCAUGCCACCGCCUCUCCUUCCAUCCCACCUCUGUCUCCAAGAAUCAAGUGGAGCAGACUUUCUGAAGGCAAGGAAGUUGUCUUGUUGGUGGCCAUGGAUGGGCAUGUCCGAAUCAACACUGCAUACCAGGAGGUGGUCUCUCUGCCCAACUACCCCGCCAUACCAACCGACGCCACCUUGGAAAUCAAGGCGCUUCGGUCCAACGAUACUGGGGUCUAUCGUUGUGAGGUCAUACAUGGCAUUGAGGACAGCCAGGACACUGUGGAGGUGAAGGUGAAAGGGAUCGUGUUCCACUACAGAGCCAUCUCCACCCGCUACACUCUGGACUUUGAGAAGGCGAAGCAAGCCUGCAUCCAGAACAGUGCUGUGAUUGCGACCCCCGAGCAGCUGCAGGCUGCCUAUGACGAUGGCUUUGACCAGUGUGAUGCUGGCUGGUUGGCUGAUCAGACUGUCAGGUACCCGAUGCACCAUCCCCGAGAAGGUUGUUAUGGUGACAAGGAUGAGUUCCCCGGCGUGAGGACGUAUGGCAUUCGUGAUACAGACGAGACCUACGAUGUGUAUUGCUAUGCAGAAGAAAUGGAAGGCAAAGUCUUCUACGCCACUUCCCCCGAGAAGUUCACUUUCCCUGAAGCGGCAGAGAAAUGCCACCGCCUCGGCACUCGCCUGGCCACGACGGGAGAGUUGUAUCUGGCCUGGAAAGAUGGCAUGGACGUCUGCAGUGCUGGCUGGCUGGCAGACCGCAGCGUCCGGUACCCAAUCUCCAAGAGACGUCCCAACUGCGGCGGUAACCUGCUGGGGGUACGAACGGUCUACCUCCAUGUCAACCAGACAGGGUAUCCUCACCCCCAUUCCCGUUACGAUGCCAUCUGCUACAGGGGCGGAGACGCAGACACGAUCAUCGAUGAGGUCUUCACAGGUGAGACCAUCGAUGAACUGGGAAGUGGUUUCACCAUCCAGACAGUCACGGAGACAGACAAGGAGCUCUACUUUCCACACAACGUCACUGAGGAGGAAGCUCGGGGCAGUAUUGCAACUUUGGAGCCCAUCGAUUUUACAGCCACUGCCUCGGAGCUGGAUGAGGUCGUCACAGCGACCCCAGAUCUCUUUGCUACUGGCUUCACUGAUGAGGCUGAGAACCGGACCGAAGUGGGGAUAUGGGAGCAACUGGAAAAUGCCACCGUCUCAAUUCUGGACACACUUCUCACCACGGAUAUGCCAGAGGUUAGCUCAGUGGAAGACACCUUGUGGGCUACCGUCACGCCUGACCUGGAGUCUGCUGCCUCACCAUUUACCGUGGAGGAAGAGAUUGUUCCUGGCACAGCCGCUCCUGAUAUUGGCUUCAUCCCUGAGCGACCCAUUUCUCCCACCGGUGUUGUCUUCCACUACCGACCAUCCACCAAUCGAUAUUCCCUGACUUUUGUCAAAGCUCAGCAGGCUUGCCUGGAUAAUAAUGCUGUGAUUGCUACUCCUGAACAACUUCAGGCUGCAUACGAGGAAGGCUACGAUCAGUGUGAUGCCGGCUGGCUGAGGGACCAGACGGUCAGAUACCCUAUUGUGACCCCACGGAGCAAGUGCGAAGGAGACAAGGAGGAUAUCCCAGGAGUGCGGACGUACGGGAUGCGCCCAGCCUCAGAGAUGUUUGAUGUGUACUGCUUCGUGGACAGACUGAAUGGUGAAGUCUUCUUUGCAACCCAACCAGAGCUGUUCACCUUGCUGGAAGCUCAAGAAUACUGUGAGAGGCAGAAUGCUACCCUGGCUUCCACUGGACAACUCUACGCUGCCUGGAGGCUGGGUUUGGACAAUUGCCGUGCUGGCUGGCUGGCAGACGGGAGCCUCCGUUAUCCCAUUGUAAACCCCCGUCCUGCUUGUGGAGGGGAGAAACCCGGCGUGAGAACCAUCUACUUGUAUCCGAAUCAGACAGGAUUCCUUGACCCACACUCUAGACACCCUGCCUUUUGUUUCAGAGCUCUACCAGCGCUGUAUGAGGAGACAGGAGAGGAUGUGAUCACAGCCCAGGUUGUUCCUGGAGUAGAGGAAGUCCCUUCUGGGGAGGAGACAACUGUGGAAAUGGAGUUUGCCACAGAUUCUGAAAACCAGACUGAGUGGGGGACAGAAGUAUUUCCAACUAAUAUAUCAUUGUUAUCUGUGAGUCCAUCAGCUGUUUCUCCUAUUGAUACAAUACCUGAAGAAACAAGUGCAGAAGCUCCAAUCAUUGAGACAUCUGUUCCUGGGUGGACAUCUGGAGCUCCAGAUAUAAGCGGGACAUUGGAACCUAGUGGAGAAAGUGGAUUUCCUUCUGGAGCCCCAGAUUUCAGUGGGCUCCCUUCUGGAGAAAGUGGGCUACCAUCAGGAGACCUAAGUGGCCUGCCUUCUGGCAUUAUUGAAGUUAGCAUCUUACCCUCUGGAGAAGAAGAAUUAUCAGGGAUUGGUUCUGGAAUCGAAGACCAAGUAUCUGGACAUCAAGAGAGCAAAGGGAUUCCAGAAAUUAGUGGCUUGCCUUCUGGAUUUAGUGGAGAGGGUUCUGGCAUUGACCUUACCAGUGGCUUACCAUCUGGAGAGUAUGAUUACAGUGGCCUCACAUCUGGAUUUCCUACCGUGUCUCUUGUGAAUGCAACUUUGGUGGAAGUGGUCACCACGGCAACAGAAACAGAAAUGGAAGGGAAAGGUACAAUUGAUGUCAGUGGAAACAGAGACUUGUCAGGUUUUCCCUCUGUUGAUUGGGAUGUAAGUGGAACAACCAGUGGGUUACCCUCGGGAGUUGACCUAAGUGGAAUACCUGAUAUCAGUGGGUUUUCCUCAGGACUUGAUAUUGGUGGGGAACUGUCGGGUAUACCUGAUAUCAGUGGAUUACCAUCAGGACUUGAUGUGAGUGGAGAACCAUCUGGUCUACCUGAUAUCAGUGGACUAUCGUCAGGAAUUGACUUGAGUGGAGCACCUUUUGGGAUACCUGAUAUAAGUGGCUUUGUGGACAUAAGUGGCCAGGCUUCUGGUUUUGAUGGAAGUGGAGAACCUUCAGGAGUUACCUUCGUUGAUGGCCAUCUGUUUGAGGUGACAACUCCUUCCUCUAAGCAAGAAGAAGGGAGGGGAUUUGUGGAAAUAAGUGGAUCACCGUCAGGAGAUGAAGACCUAUCAGGCACAGUGUCUGGGUUUCUAGAUGUGAGUGGUCAGCCUUCUGGGCAAAUAGACUUCAGUGGGUGGACUUCAGGAGUUCAUGAGGUCAGCGGACUCCCAAGUGGACUAAUAGACAUCAGCGGAGAAAGUUCUAGUGUUGGUCUCACCAGUGGCUUGCCAUCUGGAAUUUAUGACUAUAGUGGGCUACCCUCUGGGUUUCCCACUGUCUCUCUUGUGAAUACAACUUUGGUGGAAGUUGUAACACAACCAUCUGUUGCACAGGAACUAGGCGAGGGGACAUCAGGGGUAUUAGAAAUCAGUGGAUAUCCUUCCGGAGAGAAGGAAACAUCUGGAGAACUAUAUGAUAUGAUCACGGUUAGUGGGUUACCAUCGGGGACAGCUCAUAUCAGUGAAACUUCAUCAGGCAUUCCAUAUUUUAGUGGAGAAAUUACUGGUGUCACUGACCUAAGCGGAGAGUCCUCAGCGGUAGCUACUACUAGUGGUGAAGCCUCUGGGGUUCCAGAAAUCACCUUAAUAACUUCUGAUUUAGUGCAAGCUGUGACCCAGUCCACAGUUUUGCAGGAACUGGGUGGAGGAACAGAAGCAAUGCACCCUCGUUUUUCUGAAUCAAGUGGAGAGGCCUCCACAGCUGGGGGAGAAACUUCUGCAUAUCCUGAAAGUACCAUAAGAUCCCCAGAAUAUCAUGAUGUUAGUGGAGAAACGUCCACAUUUCAUGAAAUUAGUGUAGAAACGUCUACUCUUCAUGAAACGAGCGGGGAAGCAUCAGCAUUGCCCGAAAGCCACACAGACGCUUCCUCCCCUUAUGACACAGGCAGUGAAACAUCUGCCUUCCCUCCGAGCCAUCCAGAAACAUCUGGGGUACCUUUUGUCAGUGGCUUCCCCUCAGAAGCUUAUGAAGAAAGGAGUCAAAUUCAUGGGGAUAGUUCAGGGCCAGCCCCUCAUUCUGUCUCAGACAUUCCAGAGAAAACUCUACCUGGCACCGAUAUUCCAGAUACAGAACUAACUGAACACUCCAAGCAUCCAGAGGACACCCAGGCUGAGACAGAGGCCUAUAUACAUGUAACACCAAGGUCUGAAACAGAAGGUGCUACUAUCCCAGAAGUCCCACCAAUACCCCCUACGGCCAUGGAUGUCCCACCUGAAGUUUCACUGGAGGUGACAGAUGAGGAGACAGAGCCGACGGUACAAGUUGCAUCCAAAACAUGUGAAGAGAAACCAUGUGGAGCUGGAACCUGUCAGGAACAAGAUGGGAGCAUCACUUGCUUAUGUCCACCUGGGUACAUGGGUGAUCGAUGUGACAUAGACAUGGAUGAGUGCCACUCCAGCCCUUGUCUGAAUGGAGCUACCUGUGUCGAUGGUAUCCACACUUUCAAAUGCUUAUGCCUUCCCAGCUACGGAGGGGACCUCUGUGACAUUGACCUGGCAGAAUGUGAAGUGGGUUGGACCAAAUUCCAGGGCAACUGCUACAAGCAUUUUGAAGAGAAACACACCUGGGCAGAUGCGGAGAACCUUUGCCGAGAACACCAGUCUCACCUGAGCAGUAUCAUCACGCCCGAAGAACAAGAGUUUGUCAACAGCAAUGCACAGGACUAUCAAUGGAUCGGCCUCAGUGACCGGGCUGUUGAAGAUGACUUCCGCUGGUCUGAUGGGCACUCCCUUCAAUAUGAGAACUGGCGGCCCAACCAGCCUGACAAUUUCUUUGCCAAAGGAGAAGAUUGCGUCGUCAUGAUCUGGCAUGAGAACGGCGAAUGGAACGACGUCCCCUGCAACUAUCACCUCCCUUUCACGUGCAAGAAAGGAACAGUUGCCUGCGGAGACCCACCUGUAGUGGAGAAUGCCAGGCACUUUGGCAAGAAGAAGGAGCGCUACGAGAUCAACGCGAUGGUGCGCUACCAGUGUGACCAAGGCUUCAUCCAGCGCCACGUGCCCAUUGUUCGGUGUCAGCCUAAUGGGCACUGGGAAGAGCCACGGAUAGCCUGCAUAGAUCCCUCCACCUACAAACGCAGAUUACACAAGAGAAGCCCACGGACCCGCUCAAGGACCAAUGGAAGAGUGGCACAGAGAACCACCCACUAGAGAGAGGAGAGCACACGCGAUAACACAGAGAGAGAGAGAGAGAUUUUAUGGAACCGUUAUAUUAACAGAAUCAGUUUCUUCUUGUUACUUUUGUCAUUGUUAUAUAAGGAAAAAAUAUAUUAAAGAAAAAUUCCA